GCCGCUGCCUUCGCCGCUGCCGCCGGCCGGUCCUCCUCCUCUGGCUCCCGGGAUCACAUCUCCCCGGACCCUCAGGCCCUCCUGCUGCAGCCCCGACCUGGGCAAUGUCUUCCUCCGAUGAAGAAACGCUCAGUGAGCGGUCCUGCCGGAGCGAGCGGUCAUGUCGGAGCGAGCGGUCUUACAGGAGCGAGCGAUCAGGGAGCCUUUCGCCCUGUCCCCCUGGGGACACCUUGCCCUGGAAUCUACCUCUGCAUGAGCAGAAGAAGCGGAAAAGCCAGGAUUCAGUACUGGACCCAGCAGAGCGUGCUGUGGUCAGAGUUGCUGAUGUCCCCCUGAGUACAUCCUGCCACCUUCACCUCCCCAGUGCAGACUUCUUAAAAAUGCAACAGCAGUCUUAACCAUCAGGGGCAAAGGAAAAUCAUGGACCAAAAGGAGAAAGCCUCAGAGCUUCCUGAUUGUGUAGUCUGGCUAUAAAUUUAAACUGCUGCUUGGAAAAAACCAAAAGCCUCCCCUUCCCUAGGCUUUCUUCUUCCCAUCCCCCCCAGCAGCCACUUUGUUCCUCUCUCCUUGUAAAAUUUUCUCUGUAUAAAACAGGAACAUCAGCCAAACAUGUGGACUUCCCCUUUUCCAUUCAUUAGAAGAAUACAUUACUUCAAAAUCUCUAGGGAGCAUUUAAAUGCAAAUUUUGUCAAGAAAGCAACUUGAGUCUGAGAGAAGCCCUCUAGCCACAACUCAAACCAGAACUUUCUUCCCUGAUUAUCCUGAUUCUUAUUAGGAAUCUCAACCCCUUGCCCUCUCCCCGAAAC